UCUUCUUUUUUUUUUUUAAACCCACAAUGAUAUUCAAGGCACUUGCGGCUCGCCUGCGACUGUAGAGAGGGGGCUGGGGGGAAAAGCACCCAGGAAAAGAGAGAACCUCACCUCCUCAUACAACGAAUGAGGUAGGUAGGGACCGGGAGGCUCAAGAAGCGAGAAGAGGCUGUGGAGUUAAAAGAGAGGCAGCAGCGGCGGCGGCGGCUCAAGAGCUCCAGCGAGGAGUGUCUAAUUGCGUGCGCUUUAUUAGAAAGUGUCUCAAUUUGAAGAGAUUCGACAUGUCAUCGUCCGGGAAAGACAACAGCGUUGCCCAGCACGCCAAUUACGUGGGACCUUAUCGUUUGGAGAAGACGCUCGGGAAAGGACAGACAGGGUUGGUAAAGCUUGGAAUUCACUGUGUGACGUGUCAGAAGGUUGCCAUAAAGAUCGUCAACCGUGAGAAGCUCAGCGAGUCCGUACUAAUGAAGGUGGAGCGAGAAAUAGCUAUUUUGAAGCUCAUAGAACACCCACAUGUUUUAAAGCUUCAUGAUGUCUAUGAAAAUAAAAAAUACUUGUACCUUGUGCUAGAACAUGUGUCUGGUGGCGAACUGUUUGACUACUUGGUGAAGAAAGGCCGGUUAACACCAAAAGAGGCCAGAAAAUUCUUCAGACAAAUUAUGUCUGCCCUGGAUUUCUGCCACAGUCAUUCAAUAUGCCACAGGGAUCUAAAGCCGGAGAACCUUUUGCUAGAUGAAAAGAACAACAUCAGGAUAGCAGACUUUGGUAUGGCCUCUCUUCAGGUUGGAGACAGCCUAUUGGAAACCAGCUGCGGAUCGCCACACUAUGCAUGCCCAGAAGUCAUAAGGGGAGAGAAGUACGAUGGGAGGAAAGCAGAUGUCUGGAGCUGUGGGGUCAUUCUUUUUGCUCUUUUAGUGGGCGCCCUGCCGUUCGAUGAUGACAACCUAAGGAAUCUUCUGGAGAAAGUGAAGUUGGGAGUGUUUCACAUGCCACAUUUUAUUCCUCCAGACUGUCAGAACCUUCUGCGUGGCAUGAUUGAAGUAGACGCAUCCAAAAGAUUAACGUUAGAAAAAAUCCAGAAGCACUCAUGGUACAUUGGUGGCAAAAAUGAACCAGAGCCAGAGCAGCCUGUUCCCAGAAAGGUAACAAUCCGCAGCCUGCCUUCUGCAGACGACAUCGACCCAGACGUACUGGACAGCAUGCACUCCCUGGGCUGCUUCAGAGACAAAAACAAGCUCCUGAAGGACCUGCUCUCAGAUGAUGAAAACCAAGAGAAGAUGAUUUACUUCUUGUUACUUGAUCGUAAGGAGAGGUAUCCCAGUCAAGAAGAUCAGAACCUUCCUCCUCGCAACGAGAUUGAUCCUCCAAAGAAGCGGGUUGACUCUCCAAUGUUGAACCGUCAUGGCAAGAGGAGGCCAGAGAGGAAGUCCAUGGAGGUUCUGAGUGUCACUGACGGUGGUUCACCGGUACCAGCCAGAAGAGCCAUCGACAUGACACAACAUGGACAAAGUAACUCAGUGUACAGUAAAAGCUUGGAUAUUCCUGACGCCAGAACAAAAUGCAGCAAAGAAGAAAGGUCGCGGUCUAUUAGUGGAGCCUCUUCUGGCCUCUCCACCAGCCCCCUUAGCAGCCCACGGCCAAUCAGAAAGUUCUGCGUACCACCUCAGUCCCCUGACUUGUCUGAGUCCCCUAACACCAGCCCAUGUCCUUCCCCUGAACCCUGUCCAAAUCGCACGGGCCCACGCAUCUCCACACCUAACUCCCUGGCUCCAAACAGUGAACCCCUGCCUGGAGGCCUCAACAAGACACAGACACUCCCAGCUAAGCCCAAAGUUGCCCCAAAGCCUCUGCAAGCCACUCGAUCAAAUCCCCUUCCUGAAACCGCCCCUGAUCCAGCACCUGCUGCCAAAUCAGAACCCUCCACUCCCUGCCAGCUGCCAUCACAGCCCCCAUCUGCCUCUGUGCCUCCCACUCCUACUUCUCCAUCCUCACCUACUCCUUUUGCCUCCUCCAUCUCCAGUACUCCCAUCCCAAGCAGCCCCCAGGUACGCCGUUCCCAUUAUGCUGCCAACCCCCAACUCUCUGUGCCCUUCAGUCCGGUCACGCCCAUGUCACCCAUCCGGCUACACCACUUUCACCCUGUGGUGCCUGUUCCUUCUCCAUUUACUGACCACCCACCCAAAUCUAUCCCCCUCAUACAGGUUACCCCUCACCCUUCCCCUCGAGGCAGUCCCCUCCCAACCCCAAAAGGCACUCCAGUCCAUACUCCCAAGGACAGUCCUGCAGGAACUCCAACUCCGACACCGCCCCCAAGCCCAUCCAUUGGAGGCAUGCCUUGGAGGACGCGCCUUAACUCCAUCAAAAACAGCUUCCUCGGCUCACCACGCUUCCACCGCAGGAAACUCCAAGUUCCUACACAAGAGGAGAUGUCCAGCCUCACACCAGAGUCUUCCCCAGAACUUGCCAAAAAAUCCUGGUUUGGUAACUUCAUCAACCUGGAAAAAGAAGAGCAGAUCUUUAUUGUCAUCAAAGACAAGCCUCUCAGCUCCAUUAAGGCAGACAUUGUUCAAGCCUUCCUUUCGAUUCCCAGCCUGAGCCACAGCGUCAUCUCUCAAACAAGUUUCCGGGCAGAGUACAAGUCCACUGCCGGCCCCACAGUCUUCCAGAAGCCGGUCAAGUUUCAGGUGGACAUCACCUACACAGAGAGCACAGCUGCCACAAAAGAGAACGGCAUCUAUUCAGUUACUUUUACUCUGCUCUCAGGUCCAAGCCGACGUUUUAAGCGAGUAGUUGAGACGAUUCAGAGCCAGUUGUUAAGCACACAUGAUCAGCCUGGGGUCCAACAACUCUCUGAUGAGAAGAAUGGCCAGGUGCCCCACCCUUUCAGCACGGCCUCCAAGCACUGCCCCACCCCCAUGCACGUCCGGAGACAUGAAUCAGAAAACAAUGACACCAAAUUUCCAGGUGCAGGCCGAGACAGAGCCAAGCUGUCGAUGGCAUCUGUGGGGACACAGGAAGAGACUUAGCCUGAGACAUUUUGUAGAUUAACCAAUGCAAAUCUGAACCAGGAUAUCUGGUUCUCUUUAUUAGAGUAAAAUGUCUUUAUUUAAAAAAAUAAAAAUACACCACAGCUCCAGAACACAUAAAUGAAAUGCUGCUACUCUCCGAUUUUUCAUUUCUCUACAGUUUCCAUCAUCAUCAACACUCCCUCUCCCCGACCCACCCACCAAACCCCCCAUGUUACCGUGCUUAUUUGUGUCCCUUUCUGCUGCUAACCUUUGUAAUCUCCUGACUUGUUUUUGACACCAGGAAUUAUCCAGAAAACCUAUUAAAGUCCCUCCUCCUGCUCCAUGCUCCACUUGCCCUCCAACAACUACCCCAAUGCACCCCCUCCAAAUGUGCCAAGAGUGGAGGACUCCUCUCCGAGGGGUGCCAAAAAAAGACUCCUACCUUCGACUGCACCCCAACUCCACCUUUGGCAUCCAUCAGUAGAAAGUAGAUGAAAGUCCUUUUAGUGUUUCUUCCAUAGUCUUUCAAGCACACAUCUACAAUCAUACUCUAAAAUGGCUCAUCUUUUUUUUUUUUUUUUUUUAAGGGAUUAUUUUUAAUCUAUUGGAAAUGAAGCACUGGUCAAAACACUCAAGGUACAGCAUACAAAAAAAACUAACAAAAAAAUAAUAAUUAAAAAAAAAAACAUGCACAAAACACUCUGGGAUGUACCAGUGUUGAUGAAAAACACAAAAUAAACCUACAAAAGACUUACAGAAAUGUGAGGAGGCGCAAAGAGAGAGCGUUGUUGCUGGAAGUCCAAACAGCCAACACAGGCGCUUGCUGGAUUGUAUCCGUUUGCUUUGUAUUGUACUUUCUUUGUGAUGAACUGGGUUUGAAUUUUAAUUUUUAAUAGACUUGAUACAACUGCUGCAAAAUGGACUGAAAUUGUGAUUUCAGAGAGGACGUGGGUGUCAGCAAAACAGGCAACGGGGAAAUGGGGGAGAUGAAAUGAAAGUAUUGGGGGGAGGGUGCAGGGAGGGUUAUGUGGGUAUUUAAAAUGAAUGAUCUAUUCUCUUGUACAGACUGAAAGCAUUUUUAAUGUAAAAAAAAUGAAAUGUUUAGUUGUGACACUGGUAGAUAUCAUAGAAACAGGCUGUUAAAACUACACCUGCAUCAUUCUGUCAUUUUAAAAUCUGUGUAUUUUUGUUACAUGAUUAUCGCUGUCCUUGUUCGAUCAACCUGGAAAUGAUCCAAACAUUCCCUGUUCUCUGCAGCACUUUCUUUGAUUUUCCAUUUGUACCUCUCUCUUAGUCUCAAAUACCAGCAGUAGGAGUAGAGGAACAAAAAAAAAUGUGAUAAAUGCAAUUGUGAAUAUUUUUGUAUUGUUGUCCUUAUUUAUUCAUAUUUGUUCAUCUCACUGUUUAAUUCCUAAUUUAUUAUAACUUGGCUAUUUAUAUGGACAAAGCUGUUAGGUCAGUUGAAUGUUAUUUACUACCCUCUUGUGUGUUGGUAAAUGGGACAUUUAAAGAAGAAAAAAGCUGAACUUUAUUUUGUUUUGUUUUUGUUUGACUUAAAACUGAAAUAUGUGAACUUUGACAAAUUUCUUUAUUUCCAGACCUAAUUGAAGAGGAAACAAGAACUUGUUGGAACUCUGGAAAAAGAAUGGUUUUACCAGUAAUUUAAGAAUGUAGACUUAGCCUCUUUUGGAAGAGGGAACAUGCUCUUCUAUUGAUAUUUGUCAGUUUCAUAAUAUUGUGCAUUGUAUGCCAGGCCUGAGGAGGAGAAUUUGUCAGAUCGUGAUCUGCUUCUUCUCUAUGUAAAUAGACAGACAAGCUGUGGGGGUUGAUUGUCUUCUCAACCAUGCUGGGGAUUCCUGCUCUAUGCUUUUAGCUUGUAUUGCUGUGUGCAUGUCAAACAUGAGCUUUUCUUUGCAUGGCUUUAGUGUUUAAUGUUCCACGCCAAACUCGCCCCUCUAUCAGCCUUCAUUAAUUUUUCCCUCAACAGUACUGUGUUUUAAAGUUGAAAUUCCCUUCUCUCUGCUUUUAAUUCUGGCCUUUUAUUUUUCUUACUCUCCUUUCAGUCCUGCUGACGUUCUUUUCCUUCCUCCAGCUUGUGCACAAAGUUUUUAAAUGAUGCUUCCUUUACUAUGUACCUCUCUGCGGAAAGCUCAGAGGGUUGGGCGUUCUGUGCCUGUCUGAUGAAGAGGCACAGGGAGGGAAUACCACUACUACAACGUGAAAGCAAUACCUUUUAUUCACCCUCCUCUUUGUUUACUACAAUGGGAAGCUGACAGCACUGAGGACAAAUUUUGGCCCAGAUGGGACUUUCCUUCUUUUUAUUUCAUUUGAUUUUUUUUCCCCUUUUUUUUUGGACAGAGCAGGAACAAAACUUACUGAUGUAAUCCCCAUUCUAAAUAACUGUGAGCAUUUUCAGUGCUGAAACAAAUAAACUCAUUCAGUUAUGGUG